AGGACUACAUUUGUACAACCAAUCUGAGAUUUGCUGUUCUUGAAGAAGAAGCUGUUGAAAUCCAUAUCCUCAACUUUCCUCUUAAGAGAAGGAGAGCCUGCUUCUUUAAAUUUCUUUCUUCCUACCAGUUUUUUAGCUGAAACAGAUCAAAAUGGGUGCCCUGGAUCAUCUCUCUGAGCUCUUUGAUUUCUCCCUCAGGAGGAGGCACAAGAAAAACAAUCAAUUGGAGACGGUGGAGAUAAAGAUAAAGAUGGACUGUGAAGGAUGUGAGAGGAAAGUGGAGAAAGCAGUGAGAGGGAUGCAUGGAGUGACACAGGUAGAUAUAGAUCCGAAGCACCACAAGCUGACGGUGGUUGGGUAUGUGAAUCCAAAGAAGGUUUUGAGACAUGUACAGCACAAGACUGGGAAGAAGGCUGAGUUCUGGCCUUACAUCCCUUACGAUGAAGUGGCUCACCCUUACGCUCCAGGUACUUAUGAUAAAAAGGCACCAUCUGGGUAUGUGAGGAACACCAUGGACGACCCCAGGAGCUCCAAGCUAGCUCGGGCUAGUACAAUGGAGGAGAAGUACUCCAACACCUUCAGCGAUGAAAACCCUAACUCCUGUUCCGUCAUGUAAUGGUAGGGAGAGAUCUGUUCAGUUCAGUUCUGUUCUGUUUCGUUUCAGCAAGUCUGACUUGCGGCCGCUGCGCUUGUUUUAUAUGAAGUUGUAGCUGCUCUUCCUCUUUUUCUUUUUUUCCUUUCCUUUUUUGUAGAUAAAUCGAUCCAAGGAAAAUUGGGGAAAUGAGUUGUGUUGUAAAAUCAUUUUCAAAAGUAAGAUUAAGCAGAUUAUUAUUGGAUUA